AUGUCUGCUACUCUGGUAGGCUAUACACCACCUUUGACCUCAUUGUCAUCUACUUGUAGAGACACAUUUGCCGCCAAUUUCACCUCCGUAAGCUUCCCUGCUACUCCACUCUCCUCCAAUCUUCUCUUCUUCAGGCUCACUCACUCUGCUUCUUCCAAGCGAACCUCAACCUUCCAUGGCUUCAAGCGCUUUUCCCCUGUCAUGGAGUGGCAGGAUUGCACGGUUAAGAUGGACAUUGAUGUGCCCAUCUCUGUAGCAUAUGCUUGUUAUUCUGAUCGCGAAGCCAUCCCGAAAUGGAUGCCCUUUAUUUCCUCUGUUCAGAUAUUGGCAGACAAACCUGAUCUGUCUCGAUGGACCUUGAAGUAUAAGGCCUUCGGUCGUGAUAUUGAAUUCUCUUGGCUUGCUCCCCAUUCCAAAUCAGAAAAUUCACUGGCGAUCUAUGGAAGGUCUUCCAAACAGAUAUUUGAGAUAUCAGCUACCAGAGGUGAACUUGGAAUGCUUGAUGGUGUGCAGAAAGGUGCUGUGCGAUUCUAUCCGAAAGGUCCUUCAUCAUGUGUAGUAGAACUGACAGUCUCGUAUGAGGUUCCUCAAAUUUUAGCUCCAGUGGCAUCGGCACUGCAACCUUUCCUUCAAGGUUUACUUCAACGUGGUUUGGAAAGAUUUGCUACAUUCGCCAAAAGCUACACAUAA